AUGCCCUCCCUCGAGGACUACCGCAUACCAUACCCAGCGGCCGGCCCCUGCCAGAAGCGCACGGUCAUCUACCUGCCGCAACAGGACUCCGCUGUUGAGCAGCAUCACCUGCGCGUGCAGCUCAUUCCAGGCCGCCACGUGAGAUGUGAGGAUGGCUGUUUCUAUCAGCUUACCGGUACCGUGUCGGAGGAGACGCUUCAGAGCUGGGGCUACCCGUACUACGUCGUCACGCUCGACGACAUCUACCCUGCCCAGUGCUCCCCGAGCGACCCGGCGAACCCGAGGACCUUCGUGCCGCUCCGUGAGAGCCCGAUGAUCCCCUACAAUAGCAAGCGCCCCAUUGUCGUCUACGUUCCCGAGGAUGCCGAGGUGCGCUACCGCGUCUGGUGCAGUGACGUCUUACAGGUGCAGGAAAGCCAACAGGAGCUCGAGGCCCCGGCCGUGUCCCAGUCAUGCCCCGUCCCAGUCCGAGAGAGGCAAAACAACCCCGAAGGUCACGCGCAUCCAGUGGUAGUACACUCGGUGGAGUCCCCGGAAGUCAGCGGCCACAAGGAUGGUGAUCAGCCUAUGAAGAAGUCCUCAAAGUUGAAGCAGUCCUGCAGCAACUCGUCGAGGUCGCUUAAGCACAGCGCUAGCGGAUCGUCUCCAAAGAACACACCGCUGUUCUCCAGAGAGAGUGUACCGCCGGAGCACUCUCUGUCCGCAGCUCAGCAGCGACGCCGCAGCAACGAAAACUCUGCCAUCGAUGAGACCGGUGGUGGCGCCUCGAGGAAGAAGCGCAGCGACAGUACGUCGAGCCGGAAGGACGACCAAGACAGCGGCUACGAGAAGAAGGUGAAAAACCUAUGGAACCGCGCCCGAGGUAACUCGUCGCCGAAGAGGUCCGCCUCACCAAAGAAAAGCGGCCGCGACAGCAGGAGAAACUCGUGA